CCCGACUCGGCCUCCCAAAGUGCUGAGAUUACAGGCGUGAGCCUCUGCGCCCAGCCAAGGAUUGGAAAAUUUCCAUGUGAAUAAACCGUAACUGCUGUUUUGAAGAAUUGGUAGACUAUAAUAUGGUGUGUUAAUUGCUGUAUUAAAGUAUGUACAAAAUGUUAUAAGUACACAGGUCGUGGAGGAGCACAGGCAGAAGGAAAAACAUAAACAGUAGUGAUGUUAAAGUAUAUGGCUUAGCGAACAGCUAGCAAAAUGACUAGAACGUAAUGUAACAGACUGGAGGAAUAUUUAUUUGCAUCUGAAACUAAAAAGAUAAACCGAGGCCAGAUUGUAUCCCAUGUUGUAUAGUUUGAAUUACCCUGUAGUGACUGGGGAUUUACCUAUCAAAUAUAUUUUAAUGCUGAAAUGACAUUCAUAAUUAAGGUUUAUUGUGCUUGUAAGUGUGCAAGACAGGUUGGAAUAAAGUGAGGGAAGCUAGACAUCUCUUGAAAUGGUUGGAGUCCGAGAUGACUGGCUAAACUAGUGGGUUAGGAAGGAGGAGUUAGAUUCCAUAAGUUUACUAUAUUUAAAUCAGCAGUUGCAUGUGGAAAUGUCUGCUCUUUAUUCCUUUGGGAGCAGAAAUACAUCCAUAACAUGCUAAAUUAAAAAAGGAGUUCUCAGGGCUGCCAACCUUACAGUAGAGGUUGAGUGGUAGUAUAUUACUCCUACAUGAGAGAAAAAAAAAUCAAAAGGACUGCUUACUAGACGUUGGGGGAAAAAAGAGGCAAAAAUAACUCCCUGGUUUCUAGCCUGGGUGGCUGGUGAAACGCAAUUACAAGUGAAAAGCAGGCUUGAUGGACAAGAAAAUGGAUUCAGAUUUGGACAGACACUGAGUUUGACAUGUCUGCAGAUUUAGCCAUAUAUUUCACCCUCAAAACCUUAACAAUAUGUUACAGUUAACUUUCAGAAAUGUUGUACUAGGGCCUGGUAGCAUGCUUGGCACACAAAAGAUAUUUGGUUGCCGAGGAGCCCAAGUAGAAGAAAUAUGGAGUUUAGAGCCUGAGAAUUUUGAAAAAUUAAAGCCAGUUCAUGGGUUAAUUUUUCUUUUCAAGUGGCAGCCAGGAGAAGAACCAGCAGGCUCUGUGGUUCAGGACUCCCGACUUGACACGAUAUUUUUUGCUAAGCAGGUAAUUAAUAAUGCUUGUGCUACUCAAGCCAUAGUGAGUGUGUUACUGAACUGUACCCACCAGGAUGUCCAUUUAGGCGAGACAUUAUCAGAGUUUAAAGAAUUUUCACAAAGUUUUGAUGCAGCUAUGAAAGGCUUGGCACUGAGCAAUUCAGAUGUGAUUCGACAAGUACACAACAGUUUCGCCAGACAGCAAAUGUUUGAAUUUGAUACGAAGACAUCAGCAAAAGAAGAAGAUGCUUUUCAUUUUGUCAGUUAUGUUCCUGUUAAUGGAAGACUGUAUGAAUUAGAUGGAUUAAGAGAAGGACCAAUUGAUUUAGGUGCAUGCAAUCAAGAUGAUUGGAUCAGUGCAGUAAGGCCUGUCAUAGAAAAAAGGAUACAAAAAGACGGGUUUUCACCAUGUUGCCCAGGCUGGUCUCAGACUCCUGAGCUCAAGCCAUCCGCAUGCCUCGACCUCCCAAAGUGGUACAGUGAAGGUGAAAUUCGAUUUAAUUUAAUGGCCAUUGUGUCUGACAGAAAAAUGAUAUAUGAACAGAAGAUAGCAGAGUUACAACGACAACUUGCAGAGGAGGAACCCAUGGAUACAGAUCAAGGUAAUAGUAUGUUAAGUGCUAUUCAGUCAGAAGUUGCCAAAAAUCAGAUGCUUAUUGAAGAAGAAGUACAGAAAUUAAAAAGAUACAAGAUUGAGAAUAUCAGAAGGAAGCAUAAUUAUCUGCCUUUCAUUAUGGAAUUGUUAAAGACUUUAGCAGAACACCAGCAGUUAAUACCACUAGUAGAAAAGGCAAAAGAAAAACAGAACGCAAAGAAAGCUCAGGAAACCAAAUGAAGAGGAUGUUUUGGGAUGUGUACACAUUUCUGCUUCUGCACAUAUUUUCAUGGAAAUCAUUAUGUAUAAAGAACUUUGAGCAACAUCCUAAUUGGCUCAGUGCACGUUUGGCGGUAGUGCCAGCCUGUCUUGUCUUUAAUGCAUGGAUUCAUAAACUUCUUCCCUACCUGCAUCAUGUGCAUGUAGUGCAUAUUAAAUGAAAGUGAUAUUAAGAGUGCUUGCCCAAAUUCCAUUAUUUGACAUUGAAUCUGAGAACUGUUAGUUUUCUGGAUGUGUAACUACCAUAUGAACCUAGAAAAUGCACAAAUGAUACUCCUUAUCUGUAAUUUAAAUACUUAAAAUUUGCAAUUGUCAGAUCUUAAUGAAACUGGAUGUCUUAUUUCUUAUCAUCAUUAAUGGGAAAAAAAUCAGUAUUUCUAUCUUUGAUAUCUGAGUGUUUUGAGGAUUUUAAAACUGAAUUUUAUCUGCUAUACCAGUUAUUUGAAAAAGUAUGAUUUAAAUGUAAAUCAUUUAAAAAGGACAAAAGUAUAAUUUGCAGUGAUUUUCACUGCUGUCAGUAGAAAAGUAAUAAACAUCUCAAUUUUAUUUUAGUAAUUUUUCUUCAAGUGUUUGGGGUUAUUUGUUUAUGUAGUAGAGAAUUGUUUCAGGAAGGUCUUGAGUAUUACGCUUCAAAGCAAAAUUUCAGGUUAAGAAGAAAUUGUAAAUCUUAAAGAAUGUUGGUGUUACUCUCAAUGGAAUACUUUUUCAAGCUCAUAAGCUGUAUAUUAAAAAAUUGGAGGUUUGACAGUUCAUGAUAUCUGCGUUUUUAAAAAGAUAGUAGUGGUGAUGGGGGAUCUUUCUAUGCCAAUUUGAAUAAAUUUCGUACAGCCUGCAGUUUCCAAGAGCCAUAUACAAUUUGCUCACAAUUGAUUUUUUAAAAUUGAUUUUGGGAGUUCCUUUGUAAUAAUUUUCUUACUUUUAAUCUUCCUUUGCAAGUCAGACUUUAAAGAAGACUUUAUAAAACUUUCUUUUUAAAAGGAAGUAAUCUACUUUUUUCUUUAUCAAGAAUAUUUCUGAGGUUGAUACAUGACUUUUUAGCAUUAUUUAUUGUAAAAUAAAUUUAGCAUAAUAUAUUUUAUUAGGGAGAACGUGUACCCAUCUUCCAGUUUCAGCACAUGAAUUUUUAAGGAUUGUUUUUAAGCUUAGUGAUUGUGGUAUUAAAUGACUUAGAACUAAUGGAGAAAAACCUGAUGGGAAAUUGAUAGAAAAACUAAUGAAAUAUUUUUCAUACAAAUUUCAGUUGGAGGUAAUGAAAAAUGUAGUUUCUCAGUUAUUUGUGGGUAAAUAUGUUUUGCUCUUGAUACAGUAAUAAUUAUGGAGUGUUUUCAAAGCCAUGAUAUAAUUUUUAAAAAUGGAUUUUUAAGGAAGGCUCAUCUUGAUCCCAUUCAUUUAUUUCAGCUUAAUUUAUAUAUCCUUUCCUAUUGAGGCUUAAAUUUUGUUAAGCAAUGUGAGGAUUAUUGUGGUAAGUUGUAUUUAGUAAUCAAUACAGUGUGAUAUAGCACUAGGAUUGCCAAAUAAAUCAAUGGAAUAGAAGAGAGCCUGAAAACAGAUCAACAUUUAUAUGAUCACUUGAUUUCGACAAAGGUGGCAAAACAAUUCAACAGAGAAGGAAAGUCUUUUCAACAAAUGGAACCAGAAUAGCUUAAUAUCCAUAUAGAAAAAAAUGAACAUGACCCCCUACCUCACAAAAAUGACUUGGAGAUGAAUCAUAGACCUAAAUGUAAUAUUUUAAGAAUAUGGAACUUUUUAACUGAAAACAUGGAUGAUUGUUUUUGUGACUUGGGGGUUAGUCAAAGGUUUCUUAAGUCACAGAAAGCAGUAGCCAUAAAAGAUCCAAAAUUAGAACUCAUCAAAAUUGUCACUGAAAAUGUUAACAAAAGUAAUAUCAAAUGACAUUUGAAAAAUAUCUUUGUAAAACGACCAUGUUAAUAGAUAUAAGGAUUUUUUCAUAUUAAUCUAACAAAAUUCCUUAAUAGGAAUUUCCAUAGCUUAAGAAUGGUUUAUUUUAUCUGCAUCUUCUUGGAUGAUUGCAAAUCCCUUGUGAUACUUCAUGAUUACUUCUGUCUGUGAAUAAAGAAGUAUGACUUGUC